AUGGACCAAGAUAUGGACUUGACGCUGUCGGGAGCAGCGCGAGCUCCCGCACUCGCAUCUUCAUCCAGCAUCUACAGAGCCAAGGAGCCCUUCCACGUGCAGGUCAUCCCACCCAAUGCCAACGCCAACGCCUCCCCCGCCUACGUCACCCAUCUCCUGUCGCUCUCCACCUCGUACGGCGUACCCACGUUGCUCGCUGUUGCCGAUGACAGCACGCUCACAUUGAUCGACAAGACGUCCGGUGUCGUUGCUGAAUCGCACCGCGCGUUCAAAGAUGCAAGGAUCACGCAGGCCAAACGUCUCGGUUCCGGAUCGGCGGCAGGCAGCUUCGUCGCUAGUGUUUCCGACGGCACGGUUGCCUCUUGGGAUACUCGUGCUGGGCUGAUGAGACCGGUGUGGACGCUGCAGGGCACGUCGAGAGCUCCGUAUCUGUGCGUUGAGCCUUCGCCCAACGACGUCAACACGGUGGUGGCAGGAACAGAGCAGUACGGCCAUGGAGAUAGCGACAUUGACAUUUGGGACAUUCGCUCGAUCGCAGCGCCUAAAAGCAAGUACAACGAGGUGCACAGCGACGACAUCACUGUGCUUGAGUAUCAUCCGGAUGCAGACAACCACGCUGGAAUCUUGCUCAGCGGGUCUACGGAUGGUCUGGUGUCUGCGAUCGACACCACAAUUGCCGAAGAGGACGAUGCGGUGAUUUCUGUCGGUAACACGGGCAAUUCUGUGGCGAGAGCUGGGUGGAUUUACCCUUCGACAUCUUCAUCCUCAGCAGCAGCGAUGGAUACGAACAUGGACGCAGGCGACGAAGAAGCGGAUCUGGGUCAAGUCGAGACAGAAGCACGCCGUCGUGCCCUUGGCAAAGUAUGGGCUGUGGGCGACAUGCAGACCGUCUCGCUUUUCGACGCCGACAAGUUCGACCCCAUCCUCCCCACCACCGACGUGCGUUCGUCCUCCUCGCUCCGACCCCCUUGGUCGACGGACUACGUGAUCGACGCAGCCUUCUCCCUCCCCUCGUUCCCCAACCCUUCCAGCGGGGAAACACUGACGCUCUUCGUCGGCAAAUCCGAAGGCGCUUUUGCGACCAUCUCGAUCCCCACCAACAACACGGCAUCGCCUUGGGCGCUUCGAGCUGUCUUCCCCGAACAAGGCGAUGGAACCUUCUACGGCCACGCAGACAUCAUCCGUUCGGUGGAAUGGGACUCGGCUACCAACACGCUCUACACCGGUGGCGAGGAUGGAAAUCUGUGCUUCUGGCAGUUCGACUCUUCUUCGGAUCAGGCCGCUGCCUCGGGAUCGAUCGCGCUCAACUCGAUCCCUCAAUCGGCAGCACCAGCGUAUGGUGCGAUGGCCACAGAUAGCUCAGCCUCGAGCAGAUCCUUCUCGCGAAACGCCGUUCCAGCUAGAUCACAGAGGUUUACACCCUACAAGUGA